ACACGUGACAUCAUUGGUCAUCUUCUUCUUCAAUCUCUAAUCCUAUUCAUCCACUCCAUUUGCCAUCGCCAUUGCUGAUGAACACAAUCUCCAUGACUUUCACUAUUGCUUCCACCUCCCAUUCAUCCCUUCCAACUAGGAGAGAGUCUGCCAAGAAAUUACGUUCUGCCGGAAGAAAUGCUACUCCAAGCUUCUUGUUCAGAAGCAGCAGCCAUGGCUUAAAGUUUCAGGCAACCAAAGGAGGUGUAUCAAGUGUUUGUGAACCACUUCCUGCUGACAGACCUUUAUGGUUCCCGGGAAGCUCUCCUCCUGAAUGGCUCGAUGGCAGCCUUCCUGGAGAUUUUGGGUUCGACCCACUUGGAUUAGGAUCUGAUCCAGAAUUACUCAAAUGGUUUGCUCAAGCUGAGCUGAUGCACAGCAGAUGGGCAAUGCUGGCAGUUGCUGGUAUUCUCAUCCCUGAAUGGCUCGAAAGCCUGGGGUUCAUUGAAAACUUCUCAUGGUUCGAUGCUGGCUCAAGAGAAUACUUUACUGACCCAACCACCUUAUUCGUGGUGCAAUUAGCCUUGAUGGGUUGGGUCGAGGGUCGAAGAUGGGCCGAUAUAAUCAACCCAGGGUGCGUUGACAUCGAGCCUGAUUUGCCUAACAAGAAGAAACCAAAGCCCGAUGUUGGGUACCCUGGUGGGUUGUGGUUCGACCCGUUCAUGUGGGGAAGAGGGUCCCCCGAACCAGUGAUGGUUCUGAGGACCAAGGAAAUAAAGAACGGUCGGCUGGCAAUGCUGGCUUUUGCGGGUUUUGUGUUCCAAGCCAUUUACACCGGCCAAGGCCCCGUCGAGAAUUUGGUGGCUCAUCUUGCUGAUCCCGGCCACGUUAACAUUUUCUCGGCCUUCACCUCCCAAAUUCGAUGAUCGAUGACUUCGUUACAAGGCUUCCUUCAAUCUACAGCGUUUAUGAACUUGUACAAGAUUUGUGUUUCGUUAGAUUUAACCAAAUAGUUAAAUCUUGUUCAAAUGAAAUCUUAUAUUUGUACAUGACCCGAGCAAGCAAACAAUAUGUAUGUGAUCUUUGGUCUCCUAGAAGAUCAGGGGUUCAAACUUUACUAAAGAUGAGAGUGUGAGUUUAUUU